CCAUCCCCACUCCCUCCAUCCCCACUCCCUCCAUCGCUACUCCCUCCAUCGCUACUCCCUCCAUCCCCACUCCCUCCAUCCCCACUCCCUCCAUCGCUACUCCCUCCAUCCCCACUCCCUCCAUCGCUACUCCCUCCAUCCCCACUCCCUCCAUCCCCACUCCCUCCAUCGCUACUCCCUCCAUCGCUACUCCCUCCGUCCCCACUCCCUCCAUCGCUACUCCCUCCAUCCCCACUCCCUCCAUCGCUACUCCCUCCAUCCCCACUCCCUCCAUCGCUACUCCCUCCAUCCCCACUCCCUCCAUCCCCACUCCCUCCAUCGCCACUCCCUCCAUCCCCACUCCCUCCAUCGCUACUCCCUCCAUCCCCACUCCCUCCAUCCCCACUCCCUCCAUCGCUACUCCCUCCAUCCUCACUCCCUCCAUCCCCACUCCCUCCAUCGCUACUCCCUCCAUCCCCACUCCCUCCAUCGCUACUCCCUCCAUCGCUGCUCCCUCCAUCCCCACUCCCUCCAUCCCCACUCCCUCCAUCCCCACUCCCUCCAUCCCCACUCCCUCCAUCCCCACUCCCACUCCCUCCAUCGCUACUCCCUCCAUCCCCACUCCCUCCAUCCCCACUCCCUCCAUCGCCACUCCCUCCAUCCCCACUCCCUCCAUCGCUACUCCCUCCAUCCCCACUCCCUCCAUCCCCACUCCCUCCAUCGCUACUCCCUCCAUCCUCACUCCCUCCAUCCCCACUCCCUCCAUCGCUACUCCCUCCAUCCCCACUCCCUCCAUCGCUACUCCCUCCAUCGCUGCUCCCUCCAUCCCCACUCCCUCCAUCCCCACUCCCUCCAUCCCCACUCCCUCCAUCCCCACUCCCUCCAUCCCCACUCCCUCCAUCGCCACUCCCUCCAUCGCUGCUCCCUCCAUCCCCACUCCCUCCAUCGCUCCUCCCUCCAUCCCCACUCCCUCCAUCCCCACUCCCUCCAUCGCUACUCCCUCCAUCCCCACUCCCUCCAUCGCUACUCCCUCCAUCGCUACUCCCUCCAUCCCCACUCCCUCCAUCCCCACUCCCUCCAUCGCUACUCCCUCCAUCGCUACUCCCUCCAUCCCCACUCCCUCCAUCCCCACUCCCUCCAUCGCUACUCCCUCCAUCCCCACUCCCUCCAUCGCUACUCCCUCCAUCCCCACUCCCUCCAUCCCCACUCCCUCCAUCGCUACUCCCUCCAUCGCUACUCCCUCCGUCCCCACUCCCUCCAUCGCUACUCCCUCCAUCCCCACUCCCUCCAUCGCUACUCCCUCCAUCCCCACUCCCUCCAUCGAUACUCCCUCCAUCCCCACUCCCUCCAUCCCCACUCCCUCCAUCGCCACUCCCUCCAUCCCCACUCCCUCCAUCGCUACUCCCUCCAUCCCCACUCCCUCCAUCCCCACUCCCUCCAUCGCUACUCCCUCCAUCCUCACUCCCUCCAUCCCCACUCCCUCCAUCGCUACUCCCUCCAUCCCCACUCCCUCCAUCGCUACUCCCUCCAUCGCUGCUCCCUCCAUCCCCACUCCCUCCAUCCCCACUCCCUCCAUCGCUACUCCCUCCAUCCCCACUCCCUCCACCUCCAUCGCCACUCCCUCCAUCGCUGCUCCCUCCAUCCCCACUCCCUCCAUCGCUACUCCCUCCAUCCCCACUCCCUCCAUCCCCACUCCCUCCAUCGCUACUCCCUCCAUCCCCACUCCCUCCAUCGCUACUCCCUCCAUCGCUACUCCCUCCAUCCCCACUCCCUCCAUCCCCACUCCCUCCAUCGCUACUCCCUCCAUCGCUACUCCCUCCAUCCCCACUCCCUCCAUCCCCACUCCCUCCAUCGCUACUCCCUCCAUCCCCACUCCCUCCAUCGCUACUCCCUCCAUCCCCACUCCCUCCAUCCCCACUCCCUCCAUCGCUACUCCCUCCAUCGCUACUCCCUCCGUCCCCACUCCCUCCAUCGCUACUCCCUCCAUCCCCACUCCCUCCAUCGCUACUCCCUCCAUCGCUACUCCCUCCAUCCCCACUCCCUCCAUCGCUACUCCCUCCAUCGCUACUCCCUCCAUCCCCACUCCCUCCAUCCCCACUCCCUCCAUCGCCACUCCCUCCAUCCCCACUCCCUCCAUCGCUACUCCCUCCAUCCCCACUCCCUCCAUCCCCACUCCCUCCAUCGCUACUCCCUCCAUCCCCACUCCCUCCAUCCCCACUCCCUCCAUCGCUACUCCCUCCAUCC